AUGGGCGAAGGCCAGCUGCUCCAGCAUCUUCUUCAGGAAGCCGCCUCCAUCCCUCAGGGCCUGGAUCAAGAUUCAGAGCAAGGUAAGGCUGGGGAAAUCAGAGCUGAUCUUAUCUCUGCAGAUCACGAGGACUUCUCAACCGACCAUCAACUCCAGAGUAUGAUAGAAAACUAUCAAAAUCAUGUUCUCAAGCAGAAUCAAGGGCCAAUUGUCGGUCGUGCCGGCAAUUCCCAUUAUCAUAAUUCCCGGGCAGGAAGCAGUGAAGGGCCAGCCAAACAUAGGUGAGACGUUAGGACAGGAUAAAACUUUGCUUUUAAGGAUAUUUAAGCCGAACAACCCGCCAAUCCCAACCAUCAGUCAUUCACAGCCAUGUUUGUUUGUGACAGACCAUCAAACUGAGUAAGUCCCCAGUUAAGUUAUAUUUACUGUUGUGUUAAGUGAUUCGGUUGGAAGUCAGUACGCAUCCUCGGAUCCUAGAGAAGCCAACGAUAACAAAAACGAUGUAGAUGCCCUGAAGACAGAAAACGCAUUUUUGAAACAACAAAUUGAGAGUCUCAAAAAGAAGAAUGCCGCGUUUAAGAAGCUUGAAAUGGCAUACGAACGAAUCGAAAAUGAGUUCAAUCAAAUGGUUUCAAGACGGGAUAAACAAGAAAAAUUAGAGCAGACAGUGAGAGGAAAAAUGGAGCAAACAAUACAACGAUUGGCAAAUGAAAACGAACUCCUCCAAAGACAAUUGGAAAAGCUGAAUUUAAUUGUGGCCCAACAUCAUCAAGUAGAUCCUCAACACGCGACCUCAAUGAAUGAUUUGAUUGCGCAAUGUAAGCCUUCAAUAUAAUAAUGAGAAUAUUAGAAAAUUUAGAUAAAGAACUCAUGGAGAUCAAGACUCGUCAACAAAUUGAGAUCGACGCUCAGAAUGCAACGCUCAUCGAACAACGAAAUCAUAUUGAGAUGCUCGAAAAGGCUUUGAAGAACGCUCAAGAAAGGCUCAGGGAUCGAGAGCGAGCUGCAGUGGAUGCUGUGGCACUCGUGGACAAGUGUACUCAUCAGCAGAAGCUACUACAGGAAGCUUUGGAUGAUAAACAAAAACUCCAAGAUGAGCAUAACAAACAGCAAAUUCAACUUGAGAUGGAACUAACACAGCUAAAAAUGCAGUUAGCCAAGGAGAAUGGAGGGCCAAGAAAACCUGUCAGAGUGGGCGAUGGAGAUGUCAUGGUAGUAGUGCAACAAAAAGAAGAUCGAAUAACACAGCUAGAGCAAAACUUAACUGAUCUCCAGAAGCGUUAUACAGAAACACUUCACAAAAAUGAAUCAAGGAGCGAUACAAACGAACUGAUCGAGAAAAUAAAAAUAUUGGAAAAAGAGAAGAUGGAAAGGGAAAAAAAAAUUCAGAAUUUGAUGGAUGAGAAACAAAGAAUUCAUGGACAAUGGGCAGAUGAGAGAAGAUCGCUCGACCACAGAGUCAGAAACUUGGAGCAAGACCUCAGACAUAUUAAAGGAGGAGCCCCUUUUGCAGGAUACAAUGGAUUCUGCUCGGAUAGUGACAAUUCAUACAGUAGUUUCCGACAACAAUCAAGCUACAGUAAUGGAGGAUCUAUCUUAAUGAAGCAGAAAAUGAAUGCAGACAGUGUAAUCUCUAAAGUUGAUGAUCUAAAGAUUAAGGCAAGCGAAAACAGACGGAACCCUCCCCAAUUUAACGGCCGAGCCAGCAAAACAAGGUAAGAACAAGUUGAGCACAUUGUACACACUGUUACAGCAAACCUGUCACACACUCGCGAAGCGCUUCUUCCGAACAUCACCGUCAUUCUUCUGCAUCCUCGGACGGUCAUCCCAUGAUUACAAACACCAUUUCAUUAAUCAACCCAAUUGUUAAUCACGGCUCUGGAGCCUCAUCUUCGGCAGAUUCAACUACAAAUUCCUUAGAAUCUAAUAACCCCAACCUGCCAUCUCCCUCUCAGUACAGCCCCACCGGCACAUCAAACCGUUUAGCGUCCAAAAUGCCGAGUAAUUACAUCGAAAGUCUACCAAUUAACACUCGUCGACGGAUCGGACAUUAUGUGGACCAGAUAAAAGUAUCGAAACGAACGGCAAUUGCACUUGGAACAACAGGUUACCGAAGACCAGCAUGGAAUACGAGUUCAGAGGAGAAGAGAAGUAUAGACGAAUCAGACGAAGCAGCGAAUGAGAAGGGGAAUUUGAAGACCGUCGUCGAAAUUAACAGUCAAAACGGGAAGAACACCAACAGGGACACAGACAUUUAA